GGAAACAGGAAGUGAGUUUGAAAAGUGCUCAACAGCUGUGUCUCCAUUAUUGUCUCCUGACACGAAGAGAAAGUACUUAGGAAAAAAGUGGCCAGAAAGUUAACAGCUAAGGCAUCUGCUGUGUCAUUUGUCAUUUGUUGUUUUGGGUGCAACAUAUUCUCGAGGUAUUUACAGUCUCAGGAUAUUUCUAAUAGUACUCUAGUAAAAUGGCCUGUGAAGCUAAUGCGAAUGAUGAACAAAUUACAGAAGCUAUCAUGAUGAGUGUUGUGAAGGAUGAGCUGAAGGAAGUGCCUACAGAGCAAGUGCCCACUCUUCCUGAGCCAAAGCAUUUCAAUGCCAAAGACCAGAACCUCACAUCCCAGCUGGCUCAAACCAUUAAAAUCAUUGGGGAUGAUCUUGUGAAGCAUAAACCACUGAAUGACACAAUAGAUGGAUUUGCAAAAAAAAUCCUUAACAACCCACAAGAACAAGGCGCCUACCAGAAGCUGGUGACACAGUUGUUUGCUGAUGGAAAUAUCAACUGGGGAAGGAUUGUUGUGUUAUUCUACACAGUAGGAAAGCUGGCCAAAAAGAUGUUGUUGGCUCACUUGCCUGAAACAGUCACAGAAAUGAUCUCCUGGACUCUCAAUUACUUUAAGAAGAACAUACUAGGCUGGGUCCUCAAGAUGGGGGGAUGGAUAUGUAGCAUUGCUUCAAUUGCAUGUUUCCGGAUCGAGAGUGUACCAGCUCUAAACUCACCAGAGCACUCCUCUGCAUCUGCUAUUGGCGUUACCUGUUUCGUCGGUGGAAUUGUGUUGGGUGGCUGCAUCGUACUCUGGCUAACAGGCAGAACAAGGCACUGACAGGAGGGAAUAGGGAGGAGAAGAUGGUGAGCAGGAGGUUGCAUCAAUGAAAAAUCUAUUUUUGAGUGGAAAUUUAAGUACGGAAAUGAAGGAUUGCACCAGUAAUCCUAAAGUAGUUACAGCUACAGGUGCCUAGCUUGGUUACAGGGUCAAAAUCACAAAAGUGCCAUAUAGAAAUAAAAUGCAGAAUAUCUUUCAGGUAACUUGGAAACUACCUCGUGCCCCAAGCUAGUCUUUUAUGUAAUCAUCACAUGUCUUGUUGUUCCUUUUUUUGUUUCCAGAAUUUAAUUGUUAACAAUUUAGCUUAUAAAGGACAUUAUGAAUUUAAUGACUAUGGUUCAAUUCUAUUUUAUUCCUGUUUGGGUUUUGUACAAAAUAUUUAAGCCAUCACCUGAAUAACCUGAUUUCUUAAAUUUAGAACACAUGAUGUUGCAUAUUUGUAUAUGUUUUAUAUGACACAUUUCUUAUCCCGAUGUAAACUUGUAGUGUGCUCAUUUCUUCCGUUGUUUGUAAUUCAUUUGAAUUAUACGUACAUUGGUGAUUCAAAGUGCUUUACAAAUUAGCAGAUAAAUGUAUUUAUGUAGAUGUAUUUAUACACUUUUUUUGACACUAGCUCGCAAUUGUAAGGGAGACAUUACAAUCUUGAAAUGAUGAAUCAUGAAAUGCUCUCUACAUAAAAGCCCUUUGAUGGUCUCUCUGUCUCCAGUCCACCACCUCACGCCUCUUCUCUGAGACGUACUUACUUACUUACUUACUAGGCUGAGUUCCGUUUAGUUUGGCAAUAUGUAUAUGAAAUGUGUUCAUGCGUGCUAUAGAGCUUGUGGUGUGUUGACAACUUGACAACAAUACUUAGCUUUAAUGUCAGUGAUGUCAGAUGCCUUUACCAGGCUAUCAUAUCAGGGCAGUUCACUGGGCAAGCCCUCUGUGCCAGACAUGCUAGGAGGUACAAAGGGGAACCGGUAAUUUGCUGAGAACAGACAUGUGAUUUAAGUCAAUGUGUGUGUAAUUGGAAGGAAUAACAGGCUCAAAAACAUUGGGGUAUUUGUACUAUAAAAUAAAGAUCUGAACAAACUUCAGCAGAUGAAAACA